UUUGUUGGCUUGUUGUGUACCAUGCUCUGUGCGUUGCGCGCGGCGCAGAAGACGAGAUCAGCUGUUCUUGUGUCAGUGCACCCGCCUUGCGUCAGUGUGUCGCGGUCGUCAUCCGUGCAAAUCCCGCGACACUGGUGGUUUUUGUGGUUCGGCCUUUGAUAAUCGCAAUCACACGAACGGACACCUGAUUUGAAAUCAAAUACGGCGACUGUGUAAACAAACAUUGUUGGCGUGCGAAAUGCUCACACUUAAUUAUCGAUUUCGAGUGUUUUUUUCUCGCGUGGCGCACCCGGAACUGGCGUGAGUCUCCGCGUCUCGUCGACGAAAACAACAUAAAGCUAAUGGAAUCAUCUGCAUAUUUUAAACUAAUACGUAACUAUCGCUGUACUAAUAGUGAACGCGAAAAUUGCUAAUUCUAUCGAAAAUAGGUGUGUACGAAUUUGUUCGUGGAUAGUUGUCAGUUGGUUUUUGUUUGCGACAUCGGAAAGAAUAGUGAAUUAAUUGCGGCUUGCCUUCUAACCGGGUAGAAGCCGUUAGAAGUUAGUGGGUAAAAAAAUCGUGUCGUCUUCUUUGCGCGGCCGGCGAAGAGUUUGAAGGGUUGUGGCGCAAGAGUGAACAGGGCGACAUGACGACAAGACGCCCGUGUGUCUAUCGCCAUGGCAACGCGUGCGGCGAGGGUGGUAUGCGUCGGCGGGAGCGACGCCGCGACGCCACCCAGCGUCGACACUGUGUUUCUGCUGAGGACCACUGAAACCUGCAAUUUGUUUCAAAAUGAACAAAACCGCGGAAAACUCCCUGGCGGGGAAUGCUGAAACUACAGCAUUCUCUCCUAACCGCCAUGAAACCGAAGAGUGCACAUUUUUAAAAUGCACUCCAAGAGAAACUUCCCUUGAUACAUGUAAUCAAAAUCUUGAUCAGGAUGAACAAUCAAAAGAUUUAAAUGAAUCAAAUACUGAGCAUGACAUACAAGUACAAGCAGAAGCAGAGGAAGGCGAUGAACUCGUGAUCGAAAUGUUCGAUGAUGCCGAAGAAGAAAAUGGCGAUGAAUUUGUAGACGCUAUCAACGAGUACGUCAAUGAAGAGGGCGCUGUUGGUCUGGCAAUGUCCGCCUGCGAAUCUGAUGGAGUGUGGACGGUUGUGUGGAGUGUUGCAGACUUUCAAGAAGGUGAUUUUAUUGGAUUGGUUCGAAUCGACGACUGCGACGGCGACGUGAUACUCGGUCGACAGCGAGUGCAGCCACAUGCGAACACCACGAUGUGGCUUCUUGAUAUACCUCACAUCCACAACGAGUGUGGAAAACACAUGGCUUUUCGUUACUACAAAGGAUCCAAUGAUUACAUCGCGCAGACGCAGCCGCUAAUUAUUAAAGAUCCCCCUGAACGCUUCAAAAAGUUCAUCAAACUCAAAGACAAGCACGAUAAAAAGAAAGUGGUCGACAACGGUAUAGAUAAUGAUGGAUUUAGCGACUAUCCGCUUUUGCAAUUACCGAUAGAAUCAUGCGAAUCUCAAAUUCACUCGUUGCUAAAAGCCAAAAAGACGUCCACAUCCUUAGAGGAACUUCACAGCGGUGCCACGGGCGUAAAAAAGAAAGCCACCAACGGCCUGACCCGAUCGGAAAGUGCAUCAGGUACUAAGAAAAAAAUCCGCACAGCCAAAUCGCCUAAUAAGGACUACUAUCAAAUAUGGACGGCGAGUUCGAGCAGUCCAGAGGAGAUUGAAGAUGCACCGCCGUUACCACCGAGAAGUCUGCAUCGUCCCCUGAAGCGUUCGAACGCUGUCAAAGGGUCGUGUUCGAAUCCGGAGGUACCUGGGUUCAAACCGCCUGUUUUAAGGCAGAAUAAACCCAAACGACCGGAGGAUACGUUUCAGUUUGAUUUGAUCGACACUGACGAACCGCCUCUACGAAUCUCAGUCACAGGAGAAGUCCAACACUCCCGAAAACAUAUAGACGUUGAUAAUUAUAUUAGUGCGAAAUGCGUUACGGGGCAGAAACAUUCCCUGGAUGGUAGGGAGAGUACCAGUUCCAUGUCCACCGCGAGCUCUACGGAGUUUCUAAACUCGCAUUCGCCGGACACCAAUAUGGCGGCGGUCAAACCGCACAAAAAGUUGAGUAGACAGUUGUCUCCUGAAGGUAUGCAACCACAUAUACGUCUGGCCUUAGACGAAACUGUCUUAGAGGUGGCUCCCUCGCCACCGUCUUUAAAACCACACAACAAAAUUCUAGCCCGAAUAUCAGGCGUCUCACCACCGAAUAAUUUACCUGUCUGCCCGCCCACGCCUACUCACCACUCGCGACGCCAUCGCGUCGGCGAACUGAAACCGCCCAGUCUAAAAUCGGAGCCGUGCAGCGAUGCAGAUACGCUUUCAACUUCAUCAGCGACUUCAAGCAACGAAGAGUAUACUUUACCUGCACCGUCAGGCGCAAAUGUGCAGGUAGUAGCUGACGAUGACAUUGUGGAUGGUUUUCAAUCGGGGGCAGAAGCAUGCGCUGCUCCAGGGGUGUUACUACCCUUGCGGCAGCUCACUGCGUCUCGCCUGCCGUCUAUACCCGAGAGGUCACAUAGGGCACUCGUCGCGGAAAUGUCUGGAAUGUCAGGAAUCUCAACGACAUCGAUUACAUCUACCGAGCAAGAUGAACCACUACCACCAUCUUGGGAAGCUCGUAUGGACAGCCAUGGACGAGUUUUUUACAUUGAUCACGCAACCAGGACAACUUCUUGGACCAGACCCGGCGCAAGCGCAAGUAAUUCUUCGUGUGGAGGCGGUGCAGAGCAACAGCAGCGCCGUCAGUUGGAUAGACGAUAUCAAAGUAUUCGACGCACAAUCAGCUCACAUCGCGUCGAAAUGGCGGACUUUUCAGCAGCGCCACCUGGGUGUAAACUUUUAACGCGGCCAGACUUCUUUACUGCAUUACACAUGAAUCAAGAUGCACUCUCAUUGUACAACCGUAACUCGACGCUGAAGCAUAUGAUUGGCCGUAUUCGCAGAGAUCCUGCCACGUUUGAUAAGUACCAACACAACAAGGAAUUAGUCGCGUUAGUGAAUAUGUUUGCAGACUCUUGCAAAGAGUUGCCAACAGGUUGGGACACGAAAAAGGACCGAAAUUCAAAGCAAUUUUUUAUUGAUCAUACUCACAAACGCACUUCAUAUAUGGAUCCGCGUCUUCCUACUGAUCCGGUGGUGUUUCGGCGGCAUGCGGACGAUGCCCAAGCGCCGGUUCCACCGCCUCGUCCAACAACGACAACGUUUGUGCCUAAUGUGUGUCCGGAUAUUCCCGUCGCGUACAACGACAAAGUUGUCGCGUUUUUGCGCCAGCCUAACAUUUUUGACAUCCUACGGGAACGUCACCCACCUGUUGGAACUUCUACUAGUUUGCGCGAGAAAAUUAACGGUGUUCGAGUGGAUGGCACCAACGCCCUGGACCGGUUUAGUCAUGACAUUCAUCUAACAAUUUUGUUAAGUUUGUUCGAGCAUGAAAUCAUGUCCUAUGUGCCAGCAGUCUCGACGACCACCUCGUCGAGCACCGGGGGUGGCACUGGCGGGAGCGGCGGUGGUGGCGCUAGUGGCACGCCUACUUCGGCCGCAGGGAGGAGUCCGCGAGGAUCGCCACAACCCUCGCCAGUGGCGUCGCCUGGAUUGGGCCGACAUCGUGCGCCAGCGCCACAUCGGCGAGACUUUGAAACUAAACUCAGGAACUUUUACCGCAAGCUGGAAAACAAGGGAUAUGGACAGGGACCUGGUAAAUUCAAAAUGCACAUACGAAGAGAACAUCUCCUCGAAGAUGCAUUUCGCCGAAUAAUGUCCGCCAAUAAGAAGGAGCUACAAAAGGGUAAACUCUGCGUUGUGUGGGAUAUGGAAGAGGGACUUGACUAUGGAGGUCCUUCUAGAGAGUUCUUUUUUCUGCUGUCCAGAGAACUGUUCAAUCCUUAUUAUGGUUUGUUCGAGUACUCGGCGAAUGAUACUUACACGGUGCAAGUUUCUCCAAUGUCCGCUUUUGUUGAUAACUAUCAUGACUGGUUUCGAUUUAGCGGUCGUGUUCUCGGGCUAGCAUUAGUACACCAGUAUUUACUAGAUGCAUUCUUCACGAGGCCUUUCUACAAGGCACUACUGCGCCUCCCGGUGGCGCUCUCGGAUCUUGAGUCGCUUGAUUUUGAGUUCCACCAGUCACUGCAGUGGAUUAAAGAGCACGAUGUGAGCGCUCAGGGCGAACUAGAACACUUUGCCGUCACCGAGGAGGUUUUCGGCCAAGUACUUGAACGCGAGCUUAAACCCGGCGGCAGGAAUGUCCCUGUUACUGAGAAGAAUAAAAAAGAAUACUUAGAAAGAAUGGUUAGAUGGCGCCUGGAACGAGGUGUAGCCGAACAAACUGAAUCUCUGGUGAGAGGCUUCUAUGAAGUGGUUGAUCCCAGAUUGGUGGCUGUGUUCGAUGCACGUGAGCUGGAGUUGGUCAUGGCCGGUACUGCGGAAAUAGACCUCAACGACUGGCGAUGCAACACUGAGUAUCGCGGAGGUUACCACGACACGCAUCCGGUUGUGCAAUGGUUCUGGCAAGCCAUUGAAAGAUUUUCAAAUGAGCAACGUUUAAGAUUGCUGCAAUUUGUGACGGGUACAUCCAGCAUCCCUUACGAAGGUUUUGCCGCAUUGCGCGGUUCGAUUGGACCGCGUAAGUUCUGCAUUGAAAAAUGGGGAAAACCCAAUGCGCUGCCGCGCGCACACACGUGCUUCAAUCGGCUUGACCUGCCACCGUAUCCCACAUCUGAAGUGCUCUACGAAAAGCUCUUGCUGGCCGUGGAGGAAACCAACACGUUUGGCAUCGAAUGAACGCCACGUUCACGCAACUAUUUAGCAAAGCUACGAACCCAAAGCAAAAUUUUUAAUCACCAAAAAACGACGAUAAUACGAAUAAGAAUAUCUAAAGUAAGUUGGAUGAGGAGGAAGAGAGCGAGGGCGAAAGAAAGGACUGAGCUCUGAGAGACGCCAUUUUGUUACUAUGUUACCACGCUCGUAAAAUUUGUUGUGAGAAGGUUGCAGCCCCUGUUGGUUGAUGUUGGAUAAUUUUAGAAUUCUACGAGGAUAAACAAAUGAUAUAAAACGUAAUCGUAACUAUCGCCGUCCCCCCAAAGCGUAAUUUGUAAUUUUAAGUAAGCAAGCUGCCUCUACAUUAUGAAACGAACAGGUAUUUCCCGUGCAAACGUUAGCCAUACGAGUGGUGGCAUCGAAUAUCUAGUUAUGAAUUUUUCACACACGACGCUACUGAUUUGGUUGGGAAUUUAAUGUUUUACGUUGAGAUUCAAAUGCGAAGCUCUUCGUGCUAAUGUGAUUGUUGCGAAUCUAGUCACUAAUUUAAACAAAUACAUGUUGCACAUACGCCGCGAAUAUAUUUAUGAUUAUUGUCUGGCGCAAAUGUCGCACAUGCAAACGAGAUUGAUGAUUUAUAAACGACUAUUUGUAAAAUUGUAUAGAUUUUGAGUCCUGGUUUUGAGUUUCUUUUCCAUGUUUUAUUAUUGACCUGUGUUUUUUUGUAUAGCCUGUUACGAGUUUAUCUUAUAACAUUCCAGGAAAUAAAUAUUUGUUAUUUACAAGCUUA